GUACCAGUAUGAUACGUGCAAGUUCAGUGAACUAAUUUCGGUGGCAAGGUGACAUGGCGGCCGUGAACAGCUAAUGAAAUCGCAAAAUGUAGGAUUAUUUUUCCAAAAUUCUUUAUGUUCUCAAGUGAUUAAUUAAGUUUUCUGAGCAGAUGUGCUAGUCUCUGAGAUGGUGGAUGCUCGGCAAGGUAGAGACAUGUUUCUUCGGCGGGCUCUGGAGAAAAUUCUUAACGAUAAAGAAACCAAGAAAUCCUACAAUUCGCAGCUGAGAAAGGCAUGCCAAGUUGCCUUGGAAGAAAUCAAUGAGAAGUACACCGACAAAGGAAAUAACCAGCAGAAUGCAUCGGGUGCUCUUCCCCUCCCCAAGACCCAGGUCAACUUCAUCGCGGCCGACCGCUACUUCUUGCCGUUUGAGCUGGCCUGCCAGUCCAAGGCUCCCCGGAUCGUCAACACGGCCCUGGACUGUCUCCAGAAACUGAUUGCCUAUGGGCAUCUGACCGGCGAUGGCCCGGACAGCACCAUGCCGGGCAAGAAGCUGAUUGACCGCAUCAUUGAGACAAUAUGCGGCUGCUUCAUCGGUACCCAGACAGACGAAGGGGUGCAACUCCAAAUCAUCAAGGCGCUCCUGACAGCGGUCACCUCCCCGACCUGCGAGGUCCACGAGGGCACCCUCCUGCAGGUGUUGCGGACCUGCUACAACAUCUACCUGGCCAGCAAGAACCUGGUCAACCAGACCACGGCCAAGGCCACCCUCACCCAGAUGCUCAACGUCAUCUUCAACCGCAUGGAAAUGCAGGCUGUCGCUGAUGCCAAGUUGAAAGCGGAGGGGGAGACCGAAGCCAGACGGCAGAGCAAAGAUUCCGGCUCACUGCAAGAGGACCCCGAGAAAGCCUCGGCGGUUACAUGUAUUACCAAUGGAGAAAACGGGGAUGGUCCUGGCAGAACACCAGAUGGGCCAUCACCAACAUUACCAGAAAAUUCCGUUGCCGAUCCCAGCAGUAGUGGUCGUAUUGAGAGUGCAGAGAAUGGCCCGCUCAGUGCAAACGAAGGGGACGUUCAAGGUAUUGUCACCUCCAUCCUGGGCGACAUCAUCACUGAAGUCUCCUUAGGGGACUCCCCUAACGAUGCAGAAGGUGCUCCAGUCAAAGCCUCACAGCCCCAACCCACCAAUUCCACAGCAGCGGCAGUGGCCACGCCCGUGACCACACCCACGGCCGCGCCCGCUGCCACGCCCUCUCCAGUGCCAACCCUGCCUCCUAUUGGGGAGGAUGGGGAUGCCGAAGCGGAGGCGGAGGAGCCCUUCUCCCACAUCCUCCAGAAGGACGCAUUCCUGGUGUUCCGUUCUCUCUGCAAGCUCUCCAUGAAACCACUGCCUGAUGGACCAGCAGAUCCCAAGUCGCACGAGCUGCGUUCCAAGGUCCUCUCCCUCCACCUGCUCCUGUCGGUACUGCAGAGUGCCGGCCCUGUGUUCCGCACCAACGACAUGUUCAUCACGGCCAUCAAGCAGUACCUGUGCGUAGCGCUGUCCAAGAACGGCGUCUCGGCCGUGCCGGAGGUCUUCGAGCUCUCCCUGGCCAUCUUCCUGACGCUCCUCAGCCUCUUCAAGACUCACCUCAAGAUGCAGAUUGAGGUUUUCUUCAAGGAGAUUUUCCUCAACAUUCUGGAGACGCCCACCAGUUCCUUUGAGCAGAAGUGGAUGGUGGUCCAAGCUCUGACGAGGAUAUGUGCAGAUGCCCAGUGCGUGGUCGACAUCUACCUCAACUACGACUGCGACCUGUCCAGUGCCAACAUCUUCGAGCGGCUGGUGGGCGACCUGUCCAAGAUCGCCCAGGGCCGGCACGCCAUGGACCUGGGCGCCACGCCCCAGCAGGAGAAGCGCAUGCGCAUCAAGGGUCUGCACUGCCUGGUCUCCAUCCUCAAAUGCAUGGUGGAGUGGAGCAAGGAUCUCUACAUCAACCCUAACAUACAGACCAACCUUGGUCAAGAAAAGGCUGUCGGGGGUGACCAAGCAGAUGCAGACAGCGGCCAGGGCACCAUGACCAGCUCGGGCAGCCAGGGGUCACUCAACUCCACCCACUCGAGCUCCACCUCUAACCUGCCGUCGCAGGCCACGCCCAUCGACAGCCCCGAGAUGUUUGAGAGCCAGAAACAGCAGAAGGAGAUAAUGGAGCAGGGCAUUGAAAUGUUCAAUAAGAAGCCCAUGAAGGGCAUCGCUUUCCUGCAAGAGCACGGCAUUCUGGGUAAGAGACCAGAAGACAUUGCGGAAUUCUUCCACAAGGACGAUCGCUUGAAUACCACGGUGCUGGGAGACUUCAUGGGAGAAAAUGAAAAGUUCAACAAAGAAGUGAUGUACGCGUACGUGGACCAAAUGGACUUCUCAGACAAGGAUUUUGUCACGGCCCUGCGCUCGUUCCUGGAGGGCUUUCGACUGCCCGGUGAGGCCCAGAAGAUCGACCGCAUGAUGGAGAAGUUUGCCAGUCGCUACGUGGACACCAACAUCAAGCAGACCAUCUUUGCCAGCGCGGACGUGGCUUAUGUCCUGGCCUACUCCAUCAUACUGUUGACAACAGACUUGCACAGUUCACAGGUCAAGCACAAGAUAUCCAAGGAUGACUACAUCCGGAUGAAUCGGGGCAUCAACGACAGCAAGGACCUUCCGCCUGAGUACCUAUCGGAGAUCUACGAUGAGAUCGCAGGCAACGAGAUCAAGAUGAAAGCCACGGCCAGCAACAAGGUGGUCACCGCAACAAAUGUGACCAGCGAGAAGCAGCGGAGAUUGCUGUACAACAUGGAGAUGGAGGCCCUGUCCAACACGGCCAAGGUGCUGAUGGAGAGCGUUAGUCAUGUCAUGACCAGCUUCACCAGCGCCACACACCACGAGCACGUCAGGCCCAUGUUCAAAGUCGCCUGGACGCCGUUCCUUGCCGCCUUCAGCGUAGGCCUACAGGACUGCGACGACCCAGAGAUCGCUACCCACUGUCUGGACGGCAUCCGCUGCGCCGUGCGCAUCGCCUGCAUCUUCCGGCUGGAGAUGGAGCGAGAUGCCUACAUCCAGGCACUCUGCCGCUUCACCCUGCUGACGGCCAACUCCUCCAUCACCGAGAUGAAGGCCAAGAACAUCGACACCAUCAAGACGCUCAUCACGGUGGCCCACACGGAUGGCAACUACUUGGGCAGGGCGUGGCUAGAGAUCCUGAAGUGCAUAUCUCAGCUGGAAUUGGCUCAGCUCAUCGGCACGGGGGUCAAGAGGAAAUUCAUCGCCGGCACGGGCAGCGGCUCAGCCGGAGGUCACAGGAGUUCCGGACAUCACAACGACCUGUUGGAAUCUGGAGAUGUGACCAGGGUUCACAUGGACCAGAAGAAGAUGGCCAGCCUGCAGGAAGCAAUGGGGGAGACCUCCUCGCAGGGCAUUGUGGUCGCCGUGGAUCGGAUAUUCACCGGCUCCACCCGACUGGACGGUGACGCAAUAGUUGACUUUGUGCAGGCCCUGUGCCAAGUGUCGGUGGACGAGCUCCAGGCCACCAACACCUGCCGCAUGUUCAGCCUGACCAAGAUCGUGGAGAUCUCCUACUACAACAUGGGCCGGGUCCGCGUCCAGUGGUCACGCAUCUGGAGCAUACUCGGCGACCACUUCAACAAGGUGGGAUGCAAUCCCAAGGAGGACGUGGCCUUCUUUGCCAUCGACUCGCUCCGCCAGCUGUCCAUGAAGUUUCUGGAGAAAGGAGAGCUGCCCAACUUCAAGUUCCAGAAGGAGUUCCUGCGGCCGUUUGAGUACAUCAUGAAGAAGAACAAGUCACCCACCAUCAGGGACAUGGUGGUGCGCUGCAUAGCCCAGAUGGUCAACUCACAGGCCAUCAACAUCCGCUCCGGCUGGAAGAAUGUCUUCUCCGUCUUCCACCUGGCUGCGGCCGACCACGAAGAAGGGAUCGUGGAACUGGCUUUCCAGACGACCGGCAACAUCAUCAGCAACGUCUUUGAGAAGUAUUUUGGCGCCAUCCUGGACUCGUUCCAAGACGCCGUCAAGUGUCUGUCGGAGUUUGCCUGCAACGCCGCUUUCCCAGACACCAGCAUGGAGGCCAUCCGCCUCAUCCGUAGCUGUGCCAAAUACGUCAUGGAAAAGCCUCAGAUGUUCCGUGAGCACGUCGGCGACCACGAGACACCCAUUGAUGAGGAGGAUCGCAUCUGGGUCAAGGGAUGGUUCCCUGUCCUCUUUGAGCUCUCCUGUGUCAUCAAUAGGUGUAAACUGGACGUCAGGACAAGGGGUUUGACCGUCAUGUUCGAGAUCAUGAAGAGCUACGGCCACACGUUCUACCAGCACUGGUGGAAGGACCUCUUCCGGAUUGUCUUCCGCAUCUUCGACAACAUGAAGCUCCCGGAACAGGUCUUAGAAAAAACGGAAUGGAUGAUGACAACCUGUAACCACGCGCUGUUCGCCAUCGUGGACGUCUUCACGCAAUACUUUGAUGUCCUCAACGAGAUUCUCUUGGAAGACCUCCUCCAGCAACUCCUGUGGUGCGUCCAACAAGACAACGAGCAGUUGGCGCGGUCGGGCACCAACUGCCUGGAGCAGCUGGUGAUCAGCAACGGAGCGUCCUUCAGCGCCACCACCUGGGACCGUGUCUGCACCUGCAUGCUGGACAUCUUCAAGAGCACCAUACCCCACGGUCUGUUGUCUUGGAGACCGGAGGAACAUCAUGGCGACGGACAGCCAGCCAAAGAUGCCGACACAAUCAGCAGAGAUUCUCUACCAACUCCUGAUCACGAUUCCCCCUCCCUGCUCUCGGGAUCACCUGCCUCCGUCGAUAAGGAGGACCACCCACCUCCCACGGCCGUCGAGCGGAGAGCGGACCUACGCCGGGCAGGCAGCGAGCACAGCGUGGCCAGCGCGACCAGCAUGGAGAGCAAGACCAGCGGCCGGGCCCCAGACAUCCACAAAACGCCCGCCGACCAGAAGAUCUUCUCCAGCUUGCUCAUCAAGUGCGUGGUGCAGCUGGAGCUCAUUCAGACCAUUGACAACAUUGUAUUCUUCCCGGCCACCAGUCGGCACGAAGACGCGGACAACCUCAAAGCAGCCCAGGAUAACACGACGGAUGAGCUGUCGGUGUCCUCAGAGUCCACCCUGAGCGGCGAGGACCCGGGUAUGUACCGAUUUCUCUCCUCCAAUCAGCUCUUCUUACUGAUGGAUUGCCUGAUGGAGUCGCACAGCUUCGCCAAGGAGUUCAAUAGCAAUAAUGCCCAGCGAGAGUUGCUCCGAUCGGCAGGUUUCCGUGGCAAGAACAAGCCCAACCUGUCCACCCAGGAGACGGCCAGCCUCGCCUGCUGCCUUCGGCUCCUCUUCAAGAUGUACAGCGAUGACACCCGGCAAGCUGAGUGGCCGGUCAUCGAAGACAAACUCCUCAGUGUUUGCCAAGCUGCCCUGGAGUACUUCAACUCCCUAGACUCUGAGAGCCACCGGGCGGCCUGGAAGUCUCUACUUGUCCUGCUGCUGACCAAAGUGCUCAAGAUGAGCGAUGAAAGAUUCAAGAUUCACGCGUCCAAGUACUACAGCCAAAUGUGCGAGGUUGUCAUGUUCGACCUCCGGCCCGAGCUGAGGUCGAUUUUCCGGAAGUUUCUCCUGAGGACCGGCUCUGUCUUUGGCAUCACGUCCAGCCCCAGAUGAUGAGGGUGGGGUGACACUGCGACGCGACGGGGAUGCUUGUGCAGUCGAAUACCAUGACAUAUACCCUAACAGAUGGCCCGAUACUUGCUGUGACUUUGAAGAAAGGCACACCAAGACAAACACGGUGAUACGAAGACACCACUCAGAGGCGGGAUCAUUGUCAAAAAGAUGUAUAUUGUUUUCCUAGUUUUUUGUUAAGAUUCAGUAAGGGGGCGUGCAAAUCUGAUUU